UUAUAUCCAGAACCUGGACUACAUCCUGGACAGCAUGGGGGUCCAUUUAACCAAUGAGGAGCUGCAGGAGGUGCUGAAACAUUUGACCGUUGAUGCUGACGGAAAGGUGAAUAUGGGUAAAUUUAUGAAGGAGGUGAAAAAUGUCCAGAAAUUGUCCCUGGAAGGAGACCAAGUGCGGUCUCCAUCUCCAGAGGACAAAGUGGAUGUGGGAAACCUGGACUCUGUGCUGGCCAACAUGGGGAUCCAUUUAACCCAGGAGGAGCUGCAGGAGGCACUGAAGCACAGCCCAGUUGACAGAGACGGCAAAGUCGGCCUGAGUGCGUUUAUGAAGAGCGUGAUGAGUACGCGGAGACCCUCCCAGGCUGAGAGGGAUAAGGUUGAUCUCCAGAACCUGGACUCCAUCCUGGACAGAAUGGGAGCCCAUUUAACCAAUGAGGAGGUGCAAGAAGCAUUGAAACAUGUUACUGUUGAUGCGGACAGGAAGGUGAAUUUGGGUGAAUUUAUGAAGCAGGUGAGGGCUGUCCAGAAAUUGCCCCCAGGGGAAGGAGUAGAUCAAAGUGCAACUACAGAGCUUUUAGUGAAUGGUAGCAGGGUCCACUCCGCCAAUUAG